AUGGGCCCCGAGCAGGAACUCGCCUUGCAGUUAGAAAUCCUCAAAAUAGCCGCGAACAUACAGCGAAUGAUGCCGCCAUUGGUCGAUCAGGAGGGAGAGGGCCGCAUUAUUGCCGAUCAAGCUGUGUCUUCCCUGUUGCAGGCGUCUGAUAAUAUAGCCUCAAUACGCGGCAGUUACGGGGAGAGAGUAUAG